UUCGAAACGUUUUGUGUCCGUUUUAUAAACUUUAUUGAAUUAUUGUCGCAGUGUUUGCGUUCAUUUUGCAAAAUGGACGAGCUGCAGCAGCUGGAGUACCUGUCGCUGGUAUCGAAAAUCUGCACAGAGUUGGACAAUCACUUGGGCAUCAAUGACAAGGACCUGGCCGAAUUUAUCAUCGAUCUUGAGCACAAGCAUCGCAGCUACGAUGCGUUUCGCAAGGCGCUCCUGGAAAAUGGCGCAGAAUUUCCCGAUUCGCUUGUGCAGAAUUUACAGCGCAUCAUUAAUUUAAUGCGGCCUAGUCGUGCUGGUGGCGAUGCAAAGGCAAUGAAUGGAAAGGACAGCAAAGGGGACAAACAAUCGCAGCUAAUCAAAAUGUUUCCCGGGUUAGCUUUGCCUAAUGACAAAUUCAGUAGCAAGAUGUCGGAGGAGGAUGAUGAGAAAGAGCAGCAGGGUGUCAAAGAGCCCAAACAGAAAAAAAACGAAAUGAGUGACGUGGAUGCGGCCAUGCUGGAACUGGAGGCUCUGGCACCAGGUGACAGCAAAGAACAGAGGGAUGGCAAAGAGAGCAAGCGGCGGCAACGAUCCAGUUCACGUGAGCGGAUUAAACGCAAAGAGCGCAGUCGGAGUCGUGACAAGGAGCGGGAUAGGGACAGGCAGAGAGAUAAAGAGCGGGACAGGGAUAGGCAAAGAGAUAAGGAUCGGGAUAGGGAUAGCAAUCGGGAUAAGGAGCGGGAUAGGGACAGCCAUCGGGAUAAGGAGCGGGAUAGGGAUAGCAAUCGGGAUAAGGAGCGUCGUCGCAGGCGGAGCAGAUCCCGGGAGGAUCGAGAUCGGGAUCGUGAUCGUCGCAGGCGUCGCUCCAGUUCACGGGAGCCGCAUCACGACAGACACGAACAACGAAGACGACGCUCUCGUUCCCGAUCCCGCGAACGCAGCAGCCGUCAGCAACAGGAUAAAAUGCCGCCACCGGCAGCUGCCAUGAGCGAUGAUCCAGAACUUGGAAAAAUCUAUUCCGGCAAGGUGGCCAACAUAGUGCCAUUUGGUUGCUUCGUGCAGCUGUUUGGGCUGCGCAAGCGCUGGGAAGGUUUGGUGCACAUCUCGCAGCUCCGCGCCGAGGGUCGCGUCACCGAUGUGACCGAGGUGGUUGCCCGUAAUCAGACGGUCAAGGUUAAGGUCAUGUCGCUGACGGGCCAAAAGGUUUCACUUUCCAUGAAAGAAGUGGAUCAGGAGAGCGGACGCGAUCUCAAUCCGCUGUCGCAUGCACCAGAGGAGGAUGCGGUGUCUUUGCGUGAUCGCAAUCCUGAUGGACCCUACAGCAGCACAUCCUCCAUGCUCAAUCUGCAGGGCAAUAACAUUGAUGGCGACGAGCACGAGUCCCGCAAGCGCGUCACACGCAUCUCCAGUCCGGAGCGUUGGGAGAUUAAGCAAAUGAUAAGCUCCGGUGUUCUGGAUCGCAGCGAAAUGCCGGACUUUGAUGAAGAGACGGGCCUGCUGCCCAAGGACGAGGACGACGAGGCGGACAUUGAAAUAGAAAUUGUAGAAGAGGAGCCACCAUUCCUCUCCGGCCAUGGACGAGCACUGCACGAUCUGUCGCCCGUGCGCAUUGUCAAAAAUCCGGAUGGCUCGCUUGCCCAGGCAGCAAUGAUGCAGUCAGCGUUGUCCAAGGAGCGACGCGAGCAGAAAAUGCUGCAACGGGAACAGGAAAUGGAAGCCCUGCCCAGCAAUCUCAACAAGAACUGGAUCGAUCCACUGCCCGAGGAUGACAGCUCACGCCAUCUGGCGGCCAAUAUGCGCGGCAUGGGCGCCACACCCCAAGAGGUGCCCGAAUGGAAGAAGCAUGUGAUUGGCGGCAAGAAAUCCUCUUUUGGCAAGAAAACGGAUCUGACGCUCGUCGAGCAGCGCCAAUCGCUGCCCAUUUACAAGCUGCGCGACGAUCUCAUAAAGGCCGUCACGGACAACCAGAUACUGAUUGUCAUUGGCGAAACGGGCUCCGGCAAGACCACACAGAUUACCCAGUAUUUGGGCGAAUGCGGCUUUACAGCACGGGGCAAGAUUGGCUGCACACAGCCGCGUCGUGUGGCCGCCAUGUCCGUGGCAAAGCGUGUGGCCGAGGAGUACGGCUGUCGCCUUGGCCAGGAGGUGGGCUACACGAUACGUUUCGAGGAUUGCACCAGUCCCGAGACGGUCAUCAAGUACAUGACAGACGGCAUGUUGUUGCGCGAGUGCCUCAUGGAGGCGGAGCUAAAGACCUACUCGGUCAUCAUGUUGGACGAGGCGCACGAGCGCACUAUACACACGGAUGUGCUCUUCGGUCUGCUAAAGACCGCCGUGCAGAAGCGGCCGGAACUGAAGCUAAUUGUCACCUCGGCAACGCUGGAUGCGGUCAAGUUUUCGCAGUACUUCUUCGAGGCGCCCAUUUUUACAAUACCCGGACGCACGUUUCCUGUCGAGGUGCUGUACACCAAGGAGCCGGAGACGGACUACUUGGAUGCUUCGCUGAUAACUGUCAUGCAAAUCCAUUUGCGCGAACCACCAGGGGACAUACUGCUCUUCUUAACGGGUCAGGAGGAGAUUGACACCGCCUGCGAGAUACUCUACGAGCGCAUGAAGAGCCUAGGACCAGAUGUGCCGGAGCUAAUCAUAUUGCCCGUGUAUUCGGCGCUGCCCUCCGAGAUGCAGACUCGCAUCUUUGAUCCAGCGCCCGCCGGCAGUCGCAAAGUGGUGAUUGCCACAAAUAUAGCGGAAACGUCGCUGACAAUCGAUGGCAUCUUCUAUGUGGUUGAUCCCGGCUUUGUAAAACAGAAGGUCUACAACUCGAAGACGGGCAUGGACUCGCUGGUGGUCACGCCCAUUUCGCAGGCAGCCGCCAAGCAGCGUGCCGGCCGUGCGGGCCGCACUGGACCCGGCAAAUGCUAUCGCCUCUACACGGAGCGAGCGUAUCGGGAUGAGAUGCUGCCAACGCCAGUGCCAGAGAUCCAGCGUACCAAUCUGGCCACCACAGUACUCCAGUUGAAGACGAUGGGCAUCAAUGAUUUGCUGCACUUUGAUUUCAUGGAUGCGCCGCCGGUGGAGUCGCUGGUCAUGGCUUUGGAGCAGCUGCACUCGCUCUCCGCGCUGGAUGAUGAAGGUUUGUUGACGCGUCUCGGUCGCCGGAUGGCCGAGUUUCCGCUGGAGCCGAAUCUCUCCAAAAUGCUCAUCAUGUCCGUGGCGCUGCAAUGCUCUGACGAGAUCCUAACAAUUGUGUCCAUGCUCAGCGUGCAGAACGUGUUCUACAGGCCCAAGGACAAGCAGGCGCUGGCCGAUCAAAAGAAGGCCAAGUUCAACCAGGCCGAAGGUGACCAUCUGACACUGCUGGCCGUUUACAACAGCUGGAAGAACAACAAGUUCUCGAAUGCCUGGUGCUAUGAAAACUUUGUGCAAAUCCGGACGCUGAAACGUUCGCAAGAUGUGCGCAAACAGCUGCUGGGCAUCAUGGAUCGCCACAAGCUGGACGUGGUGUCUGCGGGCAAGAACUCGGUGCGCAUACAGAAGGCCGUCUGCUCGGGCUUCUUUCGGAAUGCAGCCAAAAAGGAUCCGCAAGAGGGCUAUCGCACCCUGGUCGACUCUCAAGUGGUCUAUAUACAUCCAUCGAGUGCGCUGUUCAAUCGCCAGCCCGAGUGGGUCAUCUACCAUGAGCUGGUGCAGACGACCAAGGAGUAUAUGCGCGAGGUGACCACAAUUGAUCCCAAAUGGUUGGUAGAAUUUGCGCCAUCGUUCUUCCGCUUCUCGGAUCCCACCAAGCUCAGCAAGUUCAAGAAAAACCAACGGCUGGAGCCGCUCUACAACAAAUACGAGGAGCCAAAUGCUUGGCGCAUUUCGCGCGUGCGCCGACGCCGCAAUUAAGUUGGACAGUUUUUGUCUA